AAAUUAUUCUAUAACUCCUUCACAACCUAUCACCUCGCUGUCUUCAUCACCUUUACCACUUUUACUACUUUUACCACCUUCACUACCUUUACCAUUUUCACCACCUCUGCUACCUUCACCACCUCAUGAAUUUAUCUUUAAUAAUAUUAAUAAUAGAGAUAUUCUGUUGCUUGCAGGAUUUUAA